CCCUUUAACUAAGUUCACGUUCCUCCGAAUCGUCCGAUCAACAGACGUCUUUGUUUGGGUGAAAGUCAGCUGAUGUUGUUUUGUCAGUGGAUUCUUUGUCCUGGUCAAAGUCCGCAGGACGUUUUGUUCUGAGAAACUUCAGUGGAGGUCGGUGCUCAGAUGGUUUUUGUGAAGUCUGACUGGAGAUCUGCUUAUUCUGACCGGCAUCCCCGGAGGAGGAGGCUGCAGGAUGCUGGUCCGCCUGCCCAGAGUGUGAUAUCGGAGGAGAAGGGUCAGUGUUUCCGGGUCCUGGGCUCCGGUCAGGGUCCGUCCUCCUGCUCCUUGCCCAUCCUGAGGAACAUCACCAAACAGAUCUGCUGCUGCAGCCGAGUCGGGAAAGCCUGGGGACACGACUGCCAGAGAUGUCCACACUUUGGAUCAGUGGCCUUUAAGGAGAUCUGUCCAGCCGGUCCUGGUUAUCACUACUCAGCUUCAGCCCUGCAGUUCAACCAGAGAGUCAACGAGCAGCUGGGGGGCCGAGGGGCCACACUGGUAACCCACAGCAACCAGGACAACCAGGCUCCUGAUUCUGGGUCGAGUAGUGGUGCAGCCUCCAGGCAGAAACCCUCAUCCUCUGAUGGAGCGAGUACUUCACUGAGCUCUGGAUCAGCUGGUACCAGCGGCACUCAGACCAGACCAGAUCCACCUCCGUCUCCCCGGCAGCCUCAGACCCGCCCGGCCACCGGCUCUCCCUCCAUCAGGACGGUACAGUCCAGCAGCACCAGCACCUCAACCCCCCAGGACAAACCCAGGACUCCUGGCAGAACUGGGACCCAGCAGGUCCGACCUGACUCUGCUCCAUCACAACCAAGACCACAGCCCCCGUCCACUGGGAGUCACGCCGGCGGCCAUCCCUCCUCUGUGUCUCGGCCCAUCCAGACUCCAGCAAGAGGGGACUCUCUCCCUGCUCCUGCCCAGCCACAGAGCCCCGGGCGGGGGUCCAGACCCCACGAAGAGCUGCCCCCUCUGGAGAAGAGGCCGGCUGUCAGCCCAACAACCAGACCGAGCCGAGUGCAGACAGUGCGAAGUGUGUGUGAGAGCAGACCGGGGAUAUGUGGGCGUGGCCUCUGUGUGGAUCAGCCAGGUGGGAAACACACUUGUGUGUGUGAUCAGGGAUAUCAACCCAACCUCCAGCGCACGUACUGCCAAG